UGUCACAGUGGUGAGUGGAACCUCGUUUCAACAUGAACUCCCUCCAAGCCUUUUUACUUGUGGCCUUCUGCCUGUCUGUUGCCCAGGCUGGCAUUGACUACAAAGCCCUGUGGCAGUUCAGAGACAUGAUCCUGUGCACCAUGCCUGACAGCUGGCCCGUGAUUGAGUACACUGACUACGGCUGCUACUGUGGCAAGGGGGGUUCUGGGACCCCUGUGGAUGAUCUGGACAGGUGCUGUGAAGUGCAUGACCAGUGUUACACUGAUGCCAUGCAGCACAGCGAGUGCUGGCCCAUUUUUGACAACCCCUACACCGAGAUCUACAGCUACAAGUGUGACAAGGCCACCAGGAAGGUCACCUGUGAGAGCAACAACGAUGAGUGUGAGAUGUUCAUCUGCGACUGUGACAGGAAAGCUGCCGAUUGUUUCGCCACGGCCAGCUACAACCCUGAGAACAAUCACCUUCCCAGCGACCGCUGUCAUUAAAAGUUUCUGUAGUUCAUUUAGUCACCGGACAAGCCACUUGCUCAAAAACUACAAUUACCAAAAACUACAAUUACCAAGAAGUUUACUAGACCCUCAAGCCAGAAAAUAUGUUACCUUGCCUUUUGAGUUUGACAUCUAAAUCUACCUCUCACUGUUACAUUUACAUAUUUAGCAGACGCUCUUAUCCAGAGCGACUUACAGUAAGUACAGGGACAU